GAUCACAAACCCGGAAGACGCGCUCGGGGAGCCGGAGGGUGCGGGCCGGACCGGCACGGCCAUGCAGCCCCUGGAGGUAGGGCUGGUGCCCGCUCCAGCCAGGGAGCCGAAACUGACCCGCUGUCUGCGGAGAGGCAGCGGCAUCGUGGCGCACCUGGUGGCUUUGGGCUUCACCAUCUUUCUGACAGUGCUGUCCCGGCCGGGAACCAGUCUUUUCUCCUGGCACCCUGUGUUCAUGGCCUUGGCGUUCUGUGUCUGCAUGGCCGAGGCCAUCCUGCUCUUCUCGCCUGAGCACUCCCUGUUCUUCUUCUGUUCACGAAAGGCUCGGAUCCGGCUGCACUGGGCGGGGCAGACUCUAGCCAUCCUCUGCGCAGCCCUGGGCCUGGGCUUCAUCGUCUCCAGCAGGACCCGCAGCGAGCUGCCCCAUCUGGUGUCCUGGCACAGCUGGGUAGGAGUGCUGACUCUGCUGGCCACUGGCGGCCAGGCACUGUGUGGGCUCUGCCUCCUCUGCCCCCGAGCAGCCAGGGUCUCGCGGGUGGCUCGUCUGAAGCUCUACCACCUGACGUGUGCACUGGUGGUCUACCUGAUGGCUACAGUCACAGUGCUCCUGGGCAUGUACUCAGCGUGGUUCCAGGCCCAGAUCAAAGGGGCAGCCUGGUACGUGUGCCUGACGCUGCCCCUCUAUCCAGCUCUCGUGAUCAUGCACCAGAUCUCCAGCUCCUACUUGCCAAGGAAGAAAACGGAGAUGUGAGCGCCUCUGAGCUCCCAGCCUGGACUUCACUGUCCGUUCCCUUUGGGGACCUCCGGCGGACCCACUUCAGAUGUGGUUGGAGUUUUGCGCUUCUUGGCUUGGCCAGGGGCUGCAGAAACACAAGCUGCUAUUGGUGAGGGAUGACUCAAAUGGGGGAAAUGUAGCAGGUGCGAGUGGCAGGUGUCCAAACGUGGUCCUGAAGCCUCCCUCCACUCUUGACGGGAGAUGGAGUAGUGGGUGGGGGCAGAGAUGGUUUUAGGGUGGUCAUUCUUUCUCUGUGUACCUGACUGACAGCGGGGUUCCUGUGUGUUGUCAGUAGCAGGCAUGCGUAUUUGGGUCACUUUUGGGAAAGUGCGCUGUAGUGGAGAGAGGCCAGGGGUCGUGCUUGUGGAUUCUGGCCUCUUGGGUGACUUCAGUGAGUUCCGUAUCUCAGGAUCCCAGUUUUCUCACCUGUGAAAUGAAUGCUUCCGGGCAGUCUCUAAUGAGUGUCGGUCGGGUUGACGUCACAGAACAGCCACCCAGCUUUGGACCACGCGGACCACCUAGCGGACUCAGGAUGUUAGUUCUGAUUCCUUCUCCUUUUACUCACCUGGGGAGACCAGUCUGCCUUCGUGGCCCUUCAGAAAUCUGCUAACUUGACUCCUGGAGUAGAAUCUCCUGGACAGUAAAGGCACUAAAGUCACUUUAAAGUCUUUAAAGGAGCAGAAGGGCUUGGUUUAGCACACCUGUGGUUCAUGGCUGGGGUCCUCACCUUCUGCCCACCUGGAUGUGGCCCUUCCCCUGCAUAUACUCUCAGGGCAGAGCAGGCCUGGGUGUCGCGUGCUUUUCCCUUCUCAGGGCCCUGGUUCUUGCUUGAGCACAGAGCUCUGUGGAGCUCUUCUGAAGCUUCUAGAACAAGAUAAGGGCCAAGGAAGUGGGGCAGGGCUCUUCUGACCCAAGGAAAGCAGUCUCCCUGGCUCCCUUCUCCUUGUCGUCUAUGCUCUCCUCAGUUGUCUCUUGCCCUUAGGCCCGAGAGAGGGCUGACUCUAGAGCCAGCCGGCACAUGGAGGCUGGGCUCUCUUCUUGCACAGACUCCUCCUUGUCCCGACUGGAAGAGCUUCCUGGUCAGCCACGGGUGGGGAGGGCUGGAUGCCUGCCGGGCUGGCUGUGGUCGUCUCGGUCUGGGAGGUGGGACCUCCACAGAUCACAGCCAGCUGAGCUAGGCAAGCUGGUGGAAAUGGGUUGCUACUCCAGGAGGCCUGGGGUGUAGAGGCUAGAGCUUCAGUUCCCUCCCCCAGUAGGGGGAGGCAUUCGUGGAUGUCAGCAGUUAGGACACCCCAGGUUUGCAGAAGGUCCAAGGCCUUCUGUCCGGGUGGCUCAGAGGCAAGGAGGUUGGGCGUGAUUUGACAGUACAGGAAUGGGGACUGCAAGGACAGCAUGUCCUCGCAGAGGACCUCACGCCACUCCUGGGUGAGGCGGCGUCUCUUUGGAGCGCUCUCCACCCUGAACGUUGAAAGGGGGCCCCUACUGUGCCGAGGCUGUGUGUUCCUGUCUCUUUCGUCACCCUCUCUCCGCUCUUAAACCAUCCAAGCUGGUGUGGACCUGGAAGAAACGGCUCCAGGGGCCGCACGGAGGAGCGGCUCUCCCAGAGCGCUCUGAUCCAGGGCUUCCAGCUCCUCUCCCCUCCUCACAGUGCUGGCAGCCUGACCUUGUCUGCAGCGGGCCAGGAGAGCCAGGUGAGGCUCACCAGCUUGUUCUGAGAGCAGGCAGGCAAUGCUGGGAAGCCUGAGCCUGCCUGAGGUGCUGCCUCCUCCCAGGUGGUGCGGGGGCUGGUGGGCGGGUGGGCAGGCCUGCUGACAGCCGGCAGUUUGCGUGGGCUGUGCCAUCUGAUGUCUAUUCCCAGCCCUUGGAGGAAGGGGGAGUCGUUUAUAUUCUGCAGGAGGAAGGGACCCCAGCUGUCGCCUCUCUGACCAGUGGGGCCAGAGGGCAGGGGUGCAGGGCAGAGAGGAGGGCACAGGCAGUCUCCUCCGGCUUAGUUGGGUCUGAGUGCAGUAUAGAGAGCGCUCACCAGGGGGAGCCCUUUCUGGCAGGCUAGAUUGCUGCGGGGGGUGGGGGCUGUGCUCUCUCACCUCCCAGCUUUCCAUUCCUUCCUCCAUCCCCACCUGCCCUCACAUCCGUGGGCAGCAGCUGGCCACCCAUCAGACCUCAGAGCCAGGGCACCCUCCCUCCAGCUGGGACCUCAGUGGCUGCCAGCUGCAGAUGCCUCCUGCUUGUGUCUCCCUCCUUCCUGCACCCUCUCUUUUCCCUGUCUUCCUGGAUCUCCUGUGUCUGGGGUGUUAGCUGGGCUCCUCAGCAACAACCAGAGGCACUGGGGGAUAAGCAAAUGGCUGUCCUUUUGCCCUUGUUCCUGGGCUGGGGAAAACUGCUAGUAGUCAAGCUGUUUUUUUUUUUUUUUUUUAAAGCCAGGGUGCUCAGAUUAAAAAAAAAAAAAAAAAGUUUUGCCUAUCAUUUGCACACAUUUCCAUAUCAGGCUCACUAAGUCCUGAUUCCAAAUUUGAUUGUGUUCCAUGUUUGAUUAUAUUCAGACUCAACCUUGAGGACAUCAGAAAUAGGGAUGGUGCUUGUCUCCAAAUCCAAAUGGUAAUAGGGUUACUAUUUUAGGUUUGGAAUACCCUCCCAAGCCCCCGUCUUUCCUGUAACCACCCCUCCGUCCCCUUGAGCCCCCCUUGGCUGGGGCUGGGGUGGCCUGGCAGGAGCUCCGAGCUCCAGCUGGGUCUGAGCAAGUCUUCGGGAAUCACCUUGGCUCAUCGGCUGCCGUCACUGGCCAGUGCUUGCGUCUGCUCUCCCCGCCCCCUCACAGGGCAGACCACCCUUUCCCACUCUCUGACACUGCCUCUUCUUGCUCCCUGUCCCCGCCCCUCCAGCUCCAUGGUAAAACCUCACGGGGGGGGGGGGGGGGGAUGCAGGCAUCCUCCCGGAGCCAGCUGGCUGCUGUGCCGAAGCCUGUUCAGAGUUAAUAAUAAUCAUUAGCUGAAUGGUGCCAGGGCCUUUCAGCUCCAGAUCUCUAAGCACUCACAGACUGAGUCAGCCCGCCCUCACCUUCCCCCUCUGCCCAGGCUAUGGUAGGCUCCCGGGGGGGGGGGGGGGGAGUCUUGCUGCCUUGCUGCACCUUGAAGCUUCUGUCCCCCUGGAUGUGGGCAUUGAGAGUCCUCUCAGCAAACUAAGCAGAGCGUCCCACCUGACGGAGGUCAAAGGUCAGGCUGUGUCGGGAACACUGUGUGUGUUUGGUAAAGAUGGCUGUAGAUCCUGAACCACGGGCACCCUCUCAGCCUCCAGGGCAUCCCUAGUCCUGGGACCCCUCUGCAAGCUCAGGGAACAGGAAGACUGGAUUCAGUGCACCAGACACCCCUGUGUCUGCUGCACUGGCCUGGAAGCAGCGUGGGUUUUCUCAGCUCCUCACACCCGUGUGGCCCCGGGAAAUCAACUCGCUGUUUGGCCUACCUCACAGGGCUGUUGUGAGGGUUUGAUGCCAGAACGAAUGUUAACAGGCACUGGACAACUCAAAACAUUAAACAAAUGUAAACAGGCGGUAGCAUUGUGUUCUUGUCCUUCUCUCUCUUUCCCUGAGCCUGGCUGUAA